AUGUUCUUCCUUGGAAUCCUUGACGUUUUCUUCAAGCCAUGUGCCAAACUGUCAUCAUCUAGAGGUACCUUCUUUAUAUUCUUUGUUGGGACACCAGUAGUGAUCGUUGUAAAUAUAUUUCAAAGUGAAACUAAUCUUGAAAAUGACCAGCGGAUCAGACAAUACUACCGGCUUUCCACGGUUCCACUUGUCGGGAUAAUUUUCACUUUCAUUGGUGCAAAAUGUUUCUUUCGAGUACCAGAAGAAGCCAAUAGAGAAACUCUUGGUCAACAACAGCCCUCCAUGGGUAUGGUAGUGUCUUUAUUGACAUUUUCUCUGAUUGUCCUCGAGAUUCUCUUGAUGUGCGCAUUGUCGUCCGGUACCUAUAUUUAUCUAUGGAACACCGUCAUACGCCAUGGACGCAAAGAAAGUGUCAAGUUUUAUUUCAGAUUGCUGUCCCUCUUCAACUUCAUCGAAAGGGUAAACGUAGAAAAUGACAUUCAGUUAAGCGGAAUCAACAAGGAAGUGUUGAAGAGUUGGUUUGUUGUUUUGACGAGUUUCUACGAGGCACUGAUCAUAGAUUAUCGCUUAAUGUGUUCCUUACUAUUCCUUGAACAUUCUAUCGAGGUUCAACACCAAGAAAACGAGAAUACUUCAGUUUCAGUUCAACAUCAUGAAGACCUGGGCAGUGGCGGCGAGGUUCAAAAUCAAAAUGAUAUCCACCAGAUUAUGAUGCCUCGCAAUGAAAUAUGGCGAGGUUUUGGAUAUGUUGUUGGCUGUUUAUGCCUGAUCGCCCCCGUACUAUGUGGUCUCCAGUUUGCGCCAAUAUUCCAUUUUGGAUCGUGCGUCAAUAUACUUGCUAUCAUCGUCAAUUUGUUCAUUGUUGUUUGUGGAACGUGUCUUCUUCACGACAAGGAUUUGGAUGACGAUAGACAUGCGAAAACACAAGGAGUUAAAGUUACGGUUUAUUGCUUGGGUGCAGUAGGGUUUACGUGCUGGAUCGUGCAAGCCGCUAUCUUUUCCUUUUGGGCUUCUCUUGCAAGCGUGUCAGAGUUGCCUUCCCGAACCUACAUUAGUUUAUUGCUUGGGUGCAGUAGGGUUUACGUGCUGGAUCGUGCAAGCCGCUAUCUUUUCCUUUGGGCUUCUCUUGCAAGCGUGUCAGAGUUGCCUUCCCGAACCUACAUUAUCUGGAUAGCCGUUAAAUUUUUUAUACGCAGUUUUACAACAGCCUUUCUGAUUGGCUUUUUCAGGAGAAUAGACGCCGAAGGUUUUCUAAAUCAGGCGGACGACAAAGAUCUUUUUCUUGUACCUGCUGUGAUUUUGGCGGUGUUCUCAACGUCAGCAAUAAAGAAUGAAACCCUGACAAUUCUCUUUGAGGCCGACCCACCGAUGUACCUUGGUUUCCUUAUUCACGUGUUUCUCUGCUUUGUUAUCAUACAAACACGUCUACGAAACUGCGCUGCCAGGCCGGAGUCUCAGGCGGAACCAAUAAGGAACACGGAUCAUCACUCGCGAGGGGCUUAACUCUUUCUUUCCAUCCGCCCCACCAUGCAAUCUCGCCCAUUUUGCUCAUUCGAUCAUCUAAUCGCCGAGGAUGGUUAGCAACAAGGUUUUGAUUUUACUAACUUUGAAACGAUUAGCCAGGUAAUUCAUAAGUUAUCUUUUCUGCUGGUUUCUGUCGUAAGUGGCAAGUAAAAUGUUCGAACCUUUCACUGAAGCAUUAAAGCAUUUAAUAACAUAAUACCACAUGAAGCAUGAGAACU